UUCUCUUACCAGCGCAUGCUCAACCGCCACCUGAAAUGCCACAGCGAGAUCAAACGUCACCUCUGCCCCUACUGCAACAAGGGAUUUAACGACACCUUUGACCUCAAGAGACACGUUCGGACGCACACAGGUGUGCGUCCCUACAAGUGUGAGCUGUGCGACAAGGCUUUCACCCAGCGCUGUUCUCUGGAGUCCCACCUCAAAAAAAUCCACGGGGUGCAGCAGAGUUACGCCUACAAGGAGCGCCGGGCUAAACUUUACGUCUGCGAGGAUUGCGGAUCGACGGCCGACAGCCAGGAAGCGCACCUGCGUCACCUGCAGGAGCAGCACCCCGACAGCCCGCUACUCCGCAAAGCCUCGCGCAAAGUAGCCACCACGGCCCUUCACGGCAUCCUGGGCCCGGCGAGCAUCCUGCAGGGCGCCAGUCCGUGUUCCUAA